UUUCUCCUCUGAGAUUCAGCAGAAGAUCCUGAUGGAGGAAGAUAAUACCCAGAGAGAGGAGGCCAAGCAGGAGGGAGUUGACGACGUGCAUAUCGAUUCCAACAAGAUCAUCGCGGAGCAUUGCCACACGCAGAAGCAGCUCGAUUUACAGAAUGGUAGCUUAGAGGCAAGCUUGGUGGCAAAUUCCCUUGAGGACGAUUCCCCAAACAUGAUGGAGAGCCUGAGCCCGAAGAAAUAUUCUUCCAGCCUGAGAUUUAAAGCCAAUGGAGACUAUUCUGGCUCUUAUUUAACCCUCUCACAACCUGUGGCUGCUAAGAGAAGCCCUUCCCCUCUGGGAACCAGUGUCAGGAGCAGCCCCUCCCUGGCCAAAAUCCAGGGAAGCAAGCAGUUCUCCUGCGAUGGGACUGACAAAAAUAUUUCCAUGAAACCGCCCACCCCUCUACUCAGCACUUCCCCCUCCCUCAGUGGGUACCCACUUGGGAGAGGGGACUUCGAUCAUUAUAUUGGCCGGGACAGUGAAAGGUCCUUGAGGCUCGCAGAGAAGCCUCCCUACUCCAAAUAUAGCUCAAGGAAUAAAUCCCACGACAAUGUCUACUUUCUCGGGGGGCUGGAAGGCCGGAAGGUGUCCGGCUCGCUCCUGACCAUGUGGAACGGAAGUCCCCUGAGUGACACGGGCCCCUCUCCCAUCAGCAGAUCGGGGGCAGCAAGCAUGCCUUCAAGCCCAAAGCAAGCCAGGAAAAUGAGCAUCCAGGACAACCUGACCCUUCAGCCCAAGUUGAGCCAACACAAGGAGCCGGCAUCUGAAAACAUGGGUUUAAGAACUAGGAAGUAUUCGGGCAGCAGCCUGAGUCACAUGGGAGCCUACAGCCGCUCUCUCCCCAGGUUACACAGGGCCACCGACAACCAGCUGACACCCCUCAGUUUGCCUCCCAGAAACUCUCUGGGCAGUUCCAAACGAACAAAACUGGGGGAAAAGGAUCUACCUCAUAGCAUCAUAGACAAUGACAAUUACCUGAAUUUUUCUUCUUUGAGCUCAGGGGCUUUACCCUAUAAACCCUCAGCGUCUGAGGGCCAUCCUUACGUCAGUUCCACCCUCAGUGUCCCUGCCAGUCCGCGAGUGGCUCGCAAGAUGCUUCUGGCCUCCACCUCCUCCUGUACCUCCGAUGACCUUGACAGGGCUUCCUACUCUGGGCCUGGCCCAGGUCACUCAUUUCCUCCCGGGGAGCCGGACAGAGUGUUUGCCGCCAGGAGGAACUUCUCUUGUGGAUCUGUCGAGUUUGAUGAUGCAGAUUUGGACAGCCUCAGACAGGCCUCAGGAACUCCCCAGCCCAUCCUUCGGGAAAGGAAAAGCAGCAUCAGCUCCAUUUCAGGCCGCGAUGACCUGAUGGAUUAUCACCGGCGGCAGAGGGAGGAGAGACUCAGGGAGCAGGAGAUGGAGCGACUGGUAAUCUUCUUCAUCUGACUUGACCUCACUCUUCCCUUGAGCAGCUUCUUGGAGACGCACUCCAAGGAUAUGUGUGGGCCUGUAGGAUGUCCAAGGGCACCAGCCACUGCUGUGCCUUUCUAGAAUUCUGCUGUCCUUCCCUUUCUCGUGCCCUAUUAUUGGUCACGUGUGGGUACUUGAAGGCCUACCUGUAGCUAGUGUUAUGUUAAGUUGCUCUGCAG